AUGUGGUGCUCAUCAGGCAGGAAAGAAAAUGAGAUGGGUGUUAUAACGCAAUCAUGUAUAUUGGCCAUCUAUGAUAAAAGAUUGUAUCGAUUAUACAAAGGCAUGUCAAUAAUGUCAGAAACAUGGCUCGUUACAGCAGAUUCCAGCGUUUUCCUAAUAGAAGUUGGCCAAAGUGAAAUAAUAGACUUUGUCGAGGAAUAUAUUAUCCAUCGAUUUGGUAUCCCUCAGACAUUAAGUACUGACCAAGGGACCAUGUUUACUGGUCAGAGAGUUAAGAAUUUUGCAGCCUCGAGGAGUAUUAAUAUGGUUACUUUGACUCCUUAUUAUGCACAGGCUAAUGGGCAAGUAGAGGCAGCAAAUAAAAUUCUGAUAAGUCUGAUUAAAAAGCACAUUGGAAAUAAGUCUCGAAUAUGGCGUGAAACUUUAAGCCAAGUUUUAUUGGCUUAUCAAAAUUCGCCAAGAGGGUUAACAGGAACUUCACCUUAUAAAUUGGUGUAUGGUCAUGAUGCAGUAUUACCAUUUGAAAUUAAUUUGAAUACUUUAAGGGUAUCAAAACAGAAUGAUUUUCCAGUUGAUGAUUAUUGGAAUGCAAUGUUCGAUGAGUUAAAUGAAUUAGAUUUGGAACAAAUCCUAGCACUCGAUAAUGUGAUUCGAUAA